UGUGUUUUUUGAAAAUUUUCUAACGUUUUAAUAAAAUGGUUGAUUAAACGCUUUUGUAUAAAAAUUUUCAUUGAAAUCGGGUUAGUCUUGUAAGAGAAAUUUUGAAACCAAAACAAAAAACGGUUCUAUGGCAGGUACCGUUAGUAACCUUCCAAAAAAUAUUUUUUUUAAAUUAAAAGUUGGGUCUUGUUUGUAAAAUUAUACACAAAGUUUUUUUAUCAAAAUCGUUAGAGUUGUUUUCGAGUUAUUUGGUAUAACUUGAAAAAUUUGUAUGGGGGGUAUACUUUCUAAUUGAGAUAUAAAAAAACAAAAAAAAAAACCAACUUUCAGAAUUCUAUAAAAAUCAUCUGUACCAAAUUUGAAGAAAAUCCGUCCACGCGUUUAGGCUGUGGAAAUGUGUACAGAUGGACGCACAGACGCACGGACGGAAUUGCGAGACCAACUAUUUUGGAAUUCUCCAUCAUCCAAAUGUUGGUUUUGAUUAAUACCUAAAAUUUUUUUUUCGACACGAAACCAAUACUUGCCCUAUAGAGCAAGUAAAAAAUCUUAAGAUCCAUUUUUUACAAACUUUUUCAUAUUAGUGAUAUGGCAAGUAUAGUUAAUUUUGGCACAAAAAAAAUCAAUAUUUCACAUUAAACCUUUACUUGCCAAAUUUUAAUAGAUCUUCAGACAUGCAAAUCCAUAAUAUUACUCGAGCAUUAAUAAAUACUCAAACAACUUGCACGAAAAAUCAAAAACUAAAUCGUAAAUUAAAUGACUAUAAGUGAAACACUACCAUCAAAAUAAUGCUCGUGGGUGCCUAAGUUUACAAAAGAUUAGAAAGCAGACACGAUUUAUAAAUAAUUUCUCAAAUUUAAAACAAGAAACCAAUACAUAUCAUAACAAAAAUACGCAAAUUAAGUUCAAUAACAGUAAACAACAUCUUCACGCGUCUUCAAGCAGAAACACUUUUUCUUUGCUAAUAAAAUAAAGAAGAUACCACAAAAAAUAUUCUUUCAUUGAAAUUACAUGCGCAUACAAUCGUAAAAAUAUUCGCGAUACCAUUUAGAUAAGAAAUAAGAAAAACAUCCAAUAAAUUCUAUUUAUUGUUUUCAUUCAGUCGCAUCUUUUAAUUUUGCUCUUUCUAUAAAUACUUAAAACUUUCUAUUCACACUCACAGUCAAUUAAAGUUAAUAUUCCAAUGAGUACUUCAACAUUGUCCUCUACGGUCGUUAAAGACCUCUGCAAAAGAUAUUCCAAUCAGGAGAUAGAAUUGCUCAGUUAUUCGAUCAAGAAUUUAAAUGAAUCUCCAACAGGAUUCCUUGGUCAACAUGAGGUUCUAUCCGUAAUUAUUCAAACCAAGGAUCAAUCCGAUCCCCAAGAAUUGAUAUUCUUUAUGAAAACUGCUCCCACACACAUAGCAUCCAGACAGAAAUACAUUGAGGAGUUUAAUGUUUACAAAAAGGAAGUAUCUGUCUACAGAAACUUGCUCCCAAAGUUACAAGAAGGACAGCCGGAUAUUUCUGCUCAAUGUUAUUACGCUAAAGAUGUUGUCCUAGUUUUUGAACACUUGGGUGAAAUGGAAUUCCAAAUGGCAGCUGAUCGAUCCGGACUAUUAGACUAUAAUCACCUGGAAUGUGCCCUAAGUUCUUUAGCAAGCUUGCAUGCUUCAUCAAUUAUAUUCGAGGCAACUAGUCAGGAGAAAAUUUCCGAAAUGUUUCCAGAAAUUAUAAAAGAAAACACAUAUCCAUCGGCCGAAGUGAACAGUGCUCGACGAGACAUUGUCAAUAAUGUAGUUGGAGCUCUCUGCGAAAUUAUCAAAAUCAUACCCGAAUUCAGACAAUCCAAUCGCUUGGAAUAUAUUUUGAAGCAAUUUCCACAAGAAAUGAACAGAAUUUUUGAUCUAGUUAAACCAACCAAGACGAAAUACUUAAAUGUAUUUAGCCACGGAGACUUAUGGGCAAAUAAUUUACUCUUCAAAUAUGAACAGGAUGGUCGUCCUGUUCAAUGCCGAUUUGUUGAUUUUCAACUCACACGAUACGCGCCACCAAUUUUCGAUGUUAUAACCUUAUUGACCAUUUCCACUACCAAGGAGUUUCGCCUGCAGCAUUUGGAUUCACUUUUAACCAGUUACUACUCAAUGUUGGAAUACUUCCUCAGAAUACAUGGUUUGGAGAUUAAUGACUUUCUACCGCCAAAACAGUUUGAGGAGAGCAUAAAUGAGUUAAAAAUAGUUGGUUUGAUUCAGAGUUGUUUGAUUUCUCAUAUAACCAUGUUUCCCGCCGAGCUGACCAAAAAAAUUCUUUCGGAUGAAAGUUUUCAACAAGAUUUCUUUAAAAAUAAAAGAAAAGAAAUUUGUAUAAUGACAUUUAAUAGUGAUGCUGUGUAUAGAAGUAGAUUAUCGGAUAUGAUAUCUGAUUUUGUAAAUAGUUAUAUUUUAAAUUAAGUACCUAAUAA